AUGACCCUCCCUCCCGCCCCCAACAUCCAGGCUGGCUCCCCCUUCGCUCAGUUACCUGCAGAAGUCCUCACUCGCAUCACUAGAUGGAUACCGACCGUGGACUUGUCGGCCGUCCGCCAGACAUGCAAGGUCAUCGAGCGUAAGACAUUUGCCUCCUGGUCGCACGAGUUCUUCCGCAAGCGCCAGUUCUGGAUCUCGACUUUCAGUCUCCAGACGCUUUUGGACAUUGCUCAGCAUGAACACCUUGGGCCGAUGCUCAAGCAUGUCUGUAUCGCGACAGACCGCGCAGUCGAAGUCUAUACAGCUACGGUGGCCAACACCGUCGUGACCAGGCGAGCGCGUCAAGAUCAAGAUUACCUUCUUAACACGGGCGUGUGGAUCGAAAUGCUCACAAAGGCGUUCAAGAAGCUGCCCAACCUGGAGACCAUCGACAUCCGUGACUUCAGCAGUGCCACGCGCUUCCGUGACGGCCCCAAUGCCCAGUGGUACUCGUAUGGCUCGACCACGCUAUACAAGGCGUCAGGAGUUCGCCCUCAACAAGGCUCGGCUCACAUUGAUUUUGACCGGGUGUUUCAGGGCGUCGUCGUCGCUGCUGGCCGCGCUGAGCUGAGCGCGCCAAACCUCGAGGUCAUCACGCGCAGUGUGGCACUCAAGGACGCGUUCUACGUUUCACCCGCCAUCAAGCCUGCAGUCGCCGAGUACCUUGGCCAGCUGAAGAAACUGCACCUCGUUCUGCGCGUCUCGGCUCCCGAGGAGCUAGAGGACUUCCUCCACCUGGCCAAGAAUGUCACCUGGCUCCGUGUCAACUAUUUCGACCGGCACUUCGACCCCAAGGCGUUCCUCGAGUGGCUCGGCACGCCAUGCAACAACGACACCAUGGACGAUUGGGCCAAGGCUGUUGCCAUCGCGACACAGAAGGACGAGGGGCUGCCCAUCGCGCCCCUCAACCUGCCGCUCGACACACUCGAGCUGGGCGGGUGUACGACCUCGCCUGAGGUGCUAAAGGGCAUUGUUGCCAAGCUCCCCCUCCGCAGUCUGAGCCUGCGCCGCGUGCAACUCAACCAUCCCAAGAGCCAGGACAAAGGGCUGUGGGCCGACUUCCUCGAGAGUCUUGAGGGAAGCGGAAUACGCCGUCUUCUUCUCUCUGACGUGACGGAGAGCACGGGUCCGGGAAUUUACGGGCAGCCCGUCAUCUUUAAGAAGGCGUACAAGCCGCGCGAGCUCUCCCUGCCUGCGCGCCGGUACCGGAGCGAGAUGUUCAAGAGCGCUGCGGCAGACACGGAGGUCGAGCCGCCUCCCGUCUUUGACAGUGACGAGGACAACUCUGACGAGGAUGAGGACGACGACGAAGAGGAUGAGGAUGGGGAGGAUGAUGAUGAGGAUGCCGAGGACGACGUGGACGAAGUUGACGACGACGACGAUGUUGACAUGGCAUGA